CAAAAUUUUUGUCUGUCUCGCUUACCAUGCUCAUGCUCUUUCUUCCUGGCAUCGCUGGUGUGAGCAUUCGUUGUUUGCUGAACGCAGUGGGUUGAACAGAAUCAACUUUUUUCACUGCUCAAUUGUGCUUUAAUUUAUUCUGAAGUUGUCGGUUUGAGGUGUUUAAUAGCGUGGAAUAUUGUUAUAAAAGGCUAAAGGCAUCAUCAUGUCGAGUAAAGCAAGCGAAGCAGGGAAAAAGAAGAAAAAGCAGAAAAAUAUGAUGGAAGCAAAGUUCAUCAGAACUAAACCACUACCUCCUUCACAUCCAACACAUUCAAGCAGCCAACCUAGUAACCAAAACCAGAAGAAAAAUGAAAAGAAAGCCAGUGACCAGAAUGAACAAAAGGACAUGACCAAGGAACAAUUUUGGGCCAAACUUUUAGCCACUGGUCUUUGCUUCAACAACUUGGGCAGCAAAAACCACAAAUCCAAUGAUCAAACAGCUGAUUUUUCUGAGGCAGACUGGAUGGAGAUUCGGCAGUAUUUCAAUCACGCAUACCAUACAAACAAUGAGGACAGCAAGCAGUUUGUCAUGAGAAAUAGUGGGAAAAUUGUGAAAGUGAUAAAAAGAUUGUGUGCCAAGGAUUCUCAAAAACUGUUGUGGUUUCUGGAGUCCCAGGUUCAAGAGUUUGCGAUUGAAAUCAAAGUUAAACUACUACAGCUUUUAAAAAAGUCGUCAGGACAGCCAGGCCAAUUGGCAAGAAAUUUCUUCGCAAAAUUGGUAGAGCAGUACGCAAUUUUUAGCAGUGGUGCCACCUGCCUAGCUGGUCCAUUGAAAGACCUGGAUGAAGGGCUACUUGCCAUGUUUGGCAUGGGCUGGGAAGACUUGAAUAGACUGUUGUUUGAACGCUGUGUUCAUUCUGAUCCUGUCAUUCAAUUAAAAAUUCCUCAAUUUGUUAGUUUGCUACAAGGUUCUCUGAACCAAAAGGACAAAAGUGGGUUUUAUUUAGUAUUUAAAAAGCUCUUAAUCUUGGAGGAGCACAUGACCAACAUUUCUGAAAAGUGGAAAAGAGUUGAGAGCUUCACGCAUGAGAAUAAAGUAAACCAUUUGUGCAAGAUGGCUUCCCAGCUAAGGAUUGAUCUCUGUGCCAACAAAGGAACAAAGAAGCAUUGCAGUUGUGGCCCAUGUGCCUCGUCACUUCUGCGAGAACUCUCUCAACUUGGGAUUAGCCAACAAAACAACAAGGUUGCAAAAGACAAGUCGUCCCUGGAACAGAAAUCUACAAAAAGUGGAGCACAAGACUCUAAAAAGUCCGACAAUCUCAAUUCCAAGCAGCAACAAGCAGCCCAGAAAAACCUCACGCAAGUUUCUCCAGAUAAAGGUAAUACGGCAAAACAAGGUCCAAAUAACAAUUGUAAGCAACCGCAGAAAGGAAGCAAAGGAAACCAAAAAGCCCAAAAAGUGGAACCCCAAACAGCAAAAUACAAAGAGACUGCCACAAAAUCUAAGAGCAAACAGCAACAGACAGCUAUUCCAGCUCCUAUUCCACCUGAAACUUCCAAAAAGAACAAACAGAAAAACGUGCUGGCCACUAAAGAAAAAUGCAACACUUCUGAAGUUAAAUCUCAGGUGAAGAAAGAUACUGUGGUGAAGGAGAAAAACCCUGGAGAUAACAGACCACUGAACGAGCUACUAGAUUUCAUAGAGGGCACUGACAAUCCUAACAAAGAUGAGAAAAAAGCUGCCAAAAAAGCGAGGCAAAAGAUUAAGAAGACUAAUGAUAAAGUAAUUCAGCAGAAAAUCGCCAGUGGAGUUUACGAGCCCCCUGCUGCUGUAAUCAAAGUUCCUAAACCUUUUGUUAGUGUCCCCACGUUUCCUAAGACUGAGAAGAAAGAGCCUCAGAUGGUUACAAUUAGAAGAGUUAUGGAGCCAAGUAGCUCAGAACCUACAGUUACUAUCACACUGAAAGGGGACACGCCUGCCAGGGACAAAGUUUUGUUCACUUUGGUGAAUGGCCAGGUCAAAGAAGACUCUAAAAAUGGUAAAAAACAAAAUCAACCGCAGCAAAACCAACCUACUGAGAGCAAGAAGAGCAAGAAGAAAAAGAACAAAGGAGUUAGCCAGUCAAAUCCUCCAGCUGCGCCACCUGUCCCUCAACCAGUUCCCAUGAAUCAUAUGCCUAUGCAGCAGGAAAGAUUCAUGGUGAGUCCGAACCCGUACCAACUUGAUCCAAAGCCUCACGUGACUGUGACACCAAUAAUGGGUCCUCCAUACUCAACUAGGUCAACACAAGAGAUGUCUGUCAGUGAUUUCUGCGCGCAACAACCAAAGUUGGCUCCUAACAGAGCGCCUGUAACUCCGGCCAAAGGAUAUCAAGAUGAAUUCAGUAGAGAAUGUCAUGACGGAGUGUUUUCUUUGCAAAACAUAAAGCUUCCUCCUGGAAUCACCAUCACCAAGGUUGAAGGUCCCAGGAUAGUGCGCCCAGAACCGCCGCCGCCGCCUCCUGUAAAGAGGGAGGAGCCACCAACUGAGUAUGGCUAUCCACAAAUGGGAACUAUGAUUGUCAAUAUGCCUCAACCGUUGCCUCAGAGCUCCUAUCAACCACACAACUUGAACUCUGCCCAAAUGAGCUCUAUGCGGAAUAUGGGCAUGCAAAAUCCAAAUGUGAUAGUGGUUGAUACUGGCAAACUCAUGGACGAGGAAGUGCCAAACCACAGUUAUGCUAAUACACACAAUGGAAUGUGGCAACAAGCCAAUGGAACUCUGAAUCAUCCACAUCUUGUCAGUGGAGGCAUAAUGCUCAAUGGGAAUGGAAUGACAAAUGGACAAGCGCCUCCAGUGUCUGGUGGGGGGAAGAAAAAGAGAAACAAAAAGAAGGGAAAGAAAGGAGAAGAGUGGAACCUUGUGGAGAGUGUGUUUGCUCCAAAAGAUAUAGACUUGGAUGCUGUUGAUGAUGAAGAGCGGGAAUUGGAAGCGUUCAAGAGAUUUUGUUUUAAUUCGGUGCCUCCAGAACGAAAAGAAAAGGUGCAUUUCAAUAUGAAAGACUUGAACAUUAAAAAGAAACCUUAACUUUUCUACUAUAUAGUCGAUUAAAAUGAAACUUUGUGAACAGUA